GCUUCUUUGAUCACCGUAAUGUAUCUUUUGUUGGGCGUCCCUUUCCAUUAGAAGAGGUUCAUGAACAUUUUUCUAGGUUGAGAACUUGGGGUCUAACCUUUGUAAGACUACUUGUAACUUGGGAAGCUCUGGAGCAUGCUGGACCUGGUAUUUAUGAUGAAGAAUUUAUCGAUUAUCUGAUUAAUAUUAUAAGCGAGAUGUCUCGAUACGAAGAGUCAGAGUCAGAUGAAACAGAAGCUACAUCAGAAUCUAUAGAGAUUUCGGGAGCGGUAGAAGCAGAAGGGUUAAGAGUAGAUGUUUCCAUGUUGAUCUCUAACAGGCAGAAAGGA